GGAUGCGGGUGCUGGUGCCAGCGUGGGUGUGCGCGCUGGGGGCUGCGCUGCUGGCGGCGGGGCGCAGCCUGCCCCGGCUCCGCCUGUCCUACCACGAGCUUUUGGGCACCAAUCGCUCGCUCCUCUUCUUCGGCCACCGAGGCUUCCUGGGCCUCCGCUCCCUCUACCUGGAUGAGUACCGUGACCGGCUCUUUAUUGGAGGGAAGGACGUGCUCUACUCCCUGCUCCUGCACAGGGCCAAUGCAGAUGCCAAGGAGGUCUACUGGCCACCCCUCCCUGGGCAGACAGAAGAGUGUUUUCGGAAGGGGAAGGACCCAGGGACCGACUGUGCCAACUACAUCCGCGUGCUGCACCCCUACAACCGGACACAUUUGCUGGCCUGCGGGACAGGAGCCUUCCACCCUGUCUGUGCCUUUGCUUACGUGGGGCACCGUGGAGAGCAUGUCUUCAGCCUGGACCCUGCCAGCGUGGAGACUGGCCGGGGCAGGUGCCCGCAUGAGCCCAGCCAAGCUUUCGCCAGCACCAUCAUUGGUGGGGAGCUGUACGCUGGCCUCUCCGCGGAUUUCUUGGGCCGAGAUCCUGGCAUCUUCCGCAGCGCAGGGACCCGCUCCGCCCUGCGCACCGAGGUGGACCAGAGCUUGCUCAGCGACCCCAAAUUCGUGGCAGCCCACCUGAUCCCAGACAACAAUGACCGGGACAACGACAAAGCCUAUUUCUUCUUCACGGAGAAGGUGGUGGAAGUAGAUAACCAGGAGCCCACCAUCGUCAGCCGGGUGGCUCGGGUCUGCGUGAAUGAUGCUGGUGGCCAGAGGGUGCUAGUCAACAAGUGGAGUACCUUCAACAAAGCCCGUUUGUUGUGCUCUGUGCCUGGUCCUGGUGGCAUUGACACGCACUUUGAUGAGCUAGAGGAUGUCUUCUUGUUGAGGACCAAAGAUGGAAAGAGCCCAGAGAUCUACGCUCUCUUCAGCACUGUCAGCCAUGUUUUCCAGGGCUCUGCUGUCUGUGUGUACCGCAUGGCUGACAUCCGGGAGGUCUUCAACGGGCCCUUCGCCCACCGGGAGAGCCCCCACCACCAGUGGGGUGCCUAUGAGGGCAAGGUGCCCUACCCACGGCCAGGCGUGUGUCCCAGCAAGACUACCAACCAGCCUCGGCAACAGUAUGGCACCACCAAGGACUUCCCCGACGAGGUGCUGCACUUCGCCCGUGCUCACCCCCUGAUGUACAAGCCUGUGUACCCCCGGCACCGCCGGCCCCUCCUGGUGAAGACUGACCUGCCCCACCGCCUGCACCAGCUCGUGGUGGACAGGGUGGAGGCUGAGGAUGGACAGCAUGAUGUCCUCUUUCUUGGGACGGAUGCUGGUUCAGUGCUGAAGGUGGUGGUCCUGCAAAAGACAAGCUCAGCUGUAACUGAGGAAGUUUUUCUAGAGGAGCUGCAGGUUUUUAAGACACCUGUGCCCAUCACCCAGAUGGAGAUAUCUGUCAAGCGUCAAAUGCUCUACGUGGGAUCUAGCCUGGGGGUGGCUCAGGUACGGCUGCAUCAGUGUGAGACCUACGGCACAGCUUGUGCGGAAUGCUGCCUGGCCAGGGAUCCCUACUGUGCCUGGGAUGGCACUGCCUGCACCCACCACCAGCCCUCUGGCAAGCGCCGCUCCCGCCGCCAGGACAUCCACCAUGGCAACCCUGUGCACCAGUGUCUGGACCAGAACCUGACUGUGGACGAUUUUGAGAGCGUUGAGGAGAAGGUGCUUUAUGGGGCGGAGGACAACAGCACCUUCCUGGAGUGUGUGCCUCGGUCCCCUCAGGCCAGCGUGCAGUGGUUUGUGCAGAGACCCCCUGACGAGCAGCGGGAUGAGGUGAAGACGGACGAGCGGAUCCUGCAGACGGACCAAGGGCUUCUCUUCCGCAGGCUGCACCGCCACGACGCUGGAAUCUACUACUGCAAAACACUGGAGCAUGGCUUCACCCAGACAGUGGCCAAGACAGCCUUGGAGGUGAUCACCAGUGAGCAGCUGGCACAUACCCUCCCCCGGGAGCGGGGUCACAAGUCCCCAUACCUGUCUUGCCCUGAACUCUGGCUGACACCACAGGUUCCCAAAACCUGGUACAAGGACAUCAUGCACCUCAUCAGCUCCCAGAACUUGCGGCGGGUGGAGGAGUACUGUGCCCGUCUCUGGUGUGGCAGCAGCCGCCCCCACCAUCGCAAGAGAAAGAUGGCCCAGGGCAAGCAUGUCCUGGGCAGUGUGGAUGUGGGCAAGAAGGCACAGAUAGCCAAACCCCGUGGCGAGAGAAACCGUGUGCCGCGGCAAGCGGCAGCCACUUAGAGAGGGCAGGGCGAUGGACAUGGGCUGGCCAUGGGCAAGGACUGGUUCUCCAUGCUGCUGGUGGCCCUGGGGGCCUCUUGCCCUGUCCAGUGGCUUGCAGUGGUAUCAGCUUGCUCCCCCCAGCCAUGGUGGAUGGGAUGCCAGGGCCAGCUCUUGGGCAGGUCCCCAGCACCCCCUGUGGCUGCAGGGCCAGGUCCAAAAUAGGUGGCAUGGGGGGAUGCGUUGUCCACCCUCCUUGCUCUCGCUGGGUGCUGUGCUGGGUUGCAGGGCAGGAUGGGGCUUAGCACAUGAGGUACCACUGCUGAGCCGUCACCACAGGGACCUUGCCCACUGGCUUUCUCCACAAAUAUAGGGACCAAGCACAGUGCCACAGGGAGUGGCUGAUGGCUCCAGGCUCCUUCUGUGCCAGCAUGGGGCCUGGGAAAGAUGAUGCCUUCUCUCAUGGUAGGAAAAAAAACCACUCCACAACACCUUUGUGGCCAGCACAAGCCCCAACAUCUACUGCAGUAAGGGAGCUGGAGCUGUGCUGUGCUGCGCCAGCCAAGGUGUGCCCUGGGGAAGAGGGCUCCUUCCCACCUUCCCUGUGGCACCAGGACACGCUCAGGAGAGGCAGGCUCUGUGUAGGUGCAGCUCCCCCGCGUCCCUUCCAUCCCCCCCCCAGCCACUGGCCGUUUUAGGGCUGGGCAGGAUCAAGCAAACGGCCGUUAGACUCGUUCCUAGGUAAACACAGGAGAGGCACUGCUGCCAUCACUGUCACCGUGCCCAGGAGGAAGUGGGGACAUGCAGAAGAAGGUGACCCCAGCAGUGAGGGCGGAUUGCACUCCAAACCAGGGGUUUCUGGUGCUUGGUGGUCCUGUGGGGCUGAGUGGGACAAGGCUGUUUUGGGGAAGCUUGAUUUUGGCUGGCGAAGUUAAACCAGUACCCAGGGCCUCUCACAAGGGCAGGAGCUGAGGGUAGGUGUGUGGAGAGCACCCGCGGGCUGCCAGCAAGGUGCUCGCUUGCUUUCCUCCCCCGACGUGAGCUCAUUCACCUCACCCGGUCAGCCCGGGGUGAUAAACAUCUCCCCCUUCCUGGGGCAGGGCAGCCCCACACAAUGGUGUGAACCGAGGCCCUGCCGGGACGGGCAUUGUUCAGAGGCAAAGGAACGGGAAAGAAUAAUAAUAAUAAUAAUUAAAGCCCCUAAAUAGAUCGCACAGA